UAGAGAGCAGGAGAGAGGGAGAGCAGGAGAGAGAGAGAGAGAGAGAGGCAGGCAGGCUGCUGCUAUCAGGGAAUACUGGUGCCAUUUUCAGCAUCGCAGGCUAAAAGGAUUGAGCCUCGCCGCUGUACGCUUGGCUCGGCUCAGCUCAGCUCACCUCAGCUCAGACCAGCUGAACAAGAGGGGGACUGGAAGGGCCAACAAAAGAAGGAAAGAACGGCUGACCCCUAACACAGAACCCCCAACCCCCCCUUUCCCCUUUCCCGUCUCACCUCACCUCCCCCUCCCUGCUCUGGCUACAGACGGAGAACGUUAUGCAGUCCUUCCGUGAGCGCAGCGGUGGUUACCACAGCAACCAACCCUGCUACCAGCAGGAGCCCCAUGAAUUAUCCCGCCUGGAGACCUACCGGCAACACCCGCAUCAUCCCCAUCCACAACACCCGCACCCAGGACCCGGUCCACAUCCAGGCCCAGGCCCGGGGCACACCAGGUCAGGCUACGAGGCACAUUCCUUGGCAAACCCGACAACCAUGCCGACAACUGGAGGACCAGGAAUUGGAGGCGGACCUAAGGACUGUUACAGCCAGCAAGCCUACGCUGGUUACCCAGGAAAUGGCGGAGGAAAUGGGAGUGGAAAUGGGGGCUCAGCACCCUCACAAGCAAAGAAAUCAUUCAGAGGAAGCAAAGUGCCCCCACCGAAUCCCAGUCAGCACCUGCAGGGUCCCGGGGGCUACAGUAAUCACAUGGGCCCAGGAACUUAUUCAGCCCAAUAUAUGAGUGAAGGCCACCUCCAGCAGAAGUGGGAGGACCCAGCCCAGUUAGCACAGUAUGAGCAGGAAAUGGUAGGACGUUUGGAGUCUAGUGGUACUCCUGCACCUAGUUCCUCCCAGUACAUGGAGCAGAAUAUGCUGGGCCACUCCCAGACCCAGUGCCACCAGCCCUCUACCCCUGUCUAUUCCAGCCCCCACCACCAGCCCCAUCCUCCCAACCCUUCCCCUUCACCUCUCAUGUAUCCCCAGAGUCACCUACACUAUCCGCAGCACUCACCCUCUCCAUCUACAUACAUGGAAAAGUGCAGCCCUAUGCCCCACUGUUACAAAGGGUACAACUUGCCUCCAGGUUCUCAGUAUGGCAGACAAAUGAGCAGCCAUGGCAAUCUGAAGCAGGGGGCCUACAGGUCGAGCCAAAACAGUUACGGAUAUCAGCAGCCUCCCUCCAGAGGUUACGAGCAGCAGCCCAUGACCAACCCCCAGGAACCCCAUCCAAAAUACCAACAUUAUAGCCAAGCCCAACAAAACUACUGUCUCUCAGAGUUGCCUGUCAGGUCCCCAGAACAGUAUUAUCAGACUUGUAGCCCCUCCUCGAGCCACUCCCCAGCCCGAUCUGUGGGGCGUUCCCCUUCAUACAGUUCCACCCCUUCACCGUUAAUGACCAAUCCAGAGUCAUUCCAGUAUAGCCAGCCACCUAUGACCCCUGGAGCAGCCUCCUCCUCUUCAUCAUCUUCAGCUGGCAUGCAGGAACAAGCCAGUGCCAACACUAUGUUAAUGCCCCCACGCUCACACCCCUCACCCAGCAUACCGCACAGCUAUUCCACAACACCGCAGGUCCCCACGAUGAAAGAACGCUUCUCAGAGAAGCUAUUGUCAAACCCCAGCUUGUGGAGUCUGAAUGCUCUCACCUCUCAGGUGGAGAGCAUAUCUAAUAAUGUACAGCAGCUCCUGCUUUCAGAGGCCCUGGUUGCAAACAAAAAAGGCAGUAAGCGCAGCAGUGGCGGGAGCAACAGCAGUGCUGGAAGUGCAGUAUCCUCCAAAAAGGGUGAGGAAUACAAAAGUCCUCCAUAUCCAGACAGUGGUGGCAGUGUGGGUGGGGGACCUAUACAGGAUGCUUACUGUACCCCACAGCAUCAACCACUGCCCAUGGAAAUCCAUGAGGGUGGCUACUCCAGCAGCAGCGAUGAACCGCUGGAGAGGGGCUACUACUACUUUGGCCAGGGCAGAAGUCCGGCCCAGGCCCAUAACAACACACAGCUCAGCGUCGACACAGCCUCUUCAUGCUCCAUGGCAUCUCCCGAUGACAUGUCUACCAGGUCUGGCGACUCAGGUCUGCACAACCUCACCCCUGACCCUGCUAGAUGUCAAUCAGGGCAGGGAGGAGAUGGCAUGAGCACUCCAGUGAAGAGCAUUAGUGACGAGAGAUCUCCAACAAGCAUUACAAUCCCCAGUCCCAUGAAGCAAGAACAAGAUUCUCCCUCUGAUAUGCAGCACAUCAAUGAGCCUGUCAAAGAGAAUUUCGAAGAAUCGGCCUGGACAGAGAAAUCUUCUGAUAAAGAAGAAUUGACAACAGAGAAGACGCCUGACCACAAGAGUGAGAGAGAUGUGGACAUGACAAAAUGUGGAAAGAAGCUAGAAAAAUGGUCAGAUGAAGAGAAAUGUCCAGAUGUUUACAGCAAAAUAAACAAAGAGGGGACAGGAAAAGCCUACUGCUAUGAGGAGACAGUGUACCAGACUAAAUAUGAACCUAAUGCAGGAGACUCGGUUGAACAGUCACCGGCAGCUCUGUCUGAUUCCAGCCACAAAGAUCAUUUUGGCCAGGAGAUGAAAUCAGAGACAUACAAAUCCGAGUCUCCAACUGCAUCUGAGAGCUCAGUGAAAACAUUGCCAUUCAUUUCCAGGGGUGACCUUGAGCAGGAUCAAUACUCCACAGGGAAGGAGGACAGCUCAGAAAACACGUCUCCAACUCCUCAAGUUGAGGCCUUGGAAGACUGUGUCUCAGACAAGAGAGACACAAGAGACCUGGACAAUGAAGGAGAGGGUGAAGAGGAAGAGAGAGAAAAGGAGAAAACCAAUGCAGAGGAACAAAAAGAAACAGAGAAACAAGAAAAAUGUUCCCUUUCACCACCUCUGUCUGUAGAGGUGAGGGAGGAACUGGGGAAGGGUGGGGAAUUGACCGAGUCAUUGAAUGAGGAGCACAUGAAUAAAAGAGAUGAAUUAGAAAAGAUGUCUGGGGAUAUUGGCAGCAAGACAGAGAGCCAGACUGCUGAGCUCCAUUCUGACAAUGAGUUUGCAGGGGGACCUGCCCAUCCAAACUCAGCAGCAGUAACGGCCGCAGCAGAUGCCUCUGAAAUGGAGUCAGCAAUUGGUGACACUGCCCCUCAGCCUCAGUCUGCUAUGCCAGUCUUCUCCGCUCUCAAUGACAAGGCAACACCUCCAUCUCAGGCCAGGGAUCAUAUUGAUCACAGUGAUGCUAAAGUGCUGGAGCCAGACUCUCCUCAACUACCAGGGAAGUCAAUACUUCCCUCAGCCCCCUCCUGGGCAGACACUCCACCUUCCCCGAAAAAAGGUGAUGAGGACAUGGAACCAGGCAUCAGCUGUUCCAGCGCUGUAACCCCUUUGGCCAAACCAGAACCUGUGGCUCCAUCUGCUCAGCCGAGGGCAUUUGGACGUAAGCAUGCCAGGGGCAGAAGAAGAAUCAUGCAUUCAGGUGUGGGAAUCAGGCAACAGCUAAGCUUGGAGAGGGAGGGGGAAAAGGAAGAGGAAGGAGGCCACUCACACACACAGAAAACAAGCAUGCCUCCAAGCAAAACCGAGCUAUUCUCAGAUCAAAUGGAUCUAGCCCAUCAGGAAUCUAUUGUGAGUCAGACUCCCAAAAUGCUAAGUGAUGGUUUUCGUUCACGAAUGUGCACACGCUCAUUCAACGCACAAGAUUUGCCACCUAAAGCCGAACCUCAUGUAAAAAGAAAACCAGGCCCAAAGCCAGGUUCAAAGCCUGGGCCAAAACCAGGGCCAAAACCUGGUGUAAAGCCAGGGUCAAAACCAGGUGCAAAACAAGGGCCUAAACUAGCCCAAAAACCUGGCCCAAAACCAGGGCUAAAACCAGGACCAAAACAGGGACCAAAACCUCUGCCAAAUGAACCAGAACUGCCACCGAAAAUUGAGACUCCUAUAAAACGAAAACCAGGACCCAAACCAGGUUCAAAGCCUGGACCAAAACCUGGGUCAAAGCCUGGAUUAAAACCAGGACCAAAACCUGGUCCAAAACCAGCUCUCAAGCCAGGUGCAAAACCAGGACCUAAGCCUGGACCCAAGUCUCCAGGCAUUUUGUCCCACACUGAAACUGCACCCAUCAAGGCCCCAGUGGGCCGGCCCAAAGGUUCACUUACUAAACCUAAAUUGUUGCAGCAGGAAGAAACCACUCAGCCUUUCGUGGGGCCGCAAAGCAGGAGUAGGAAGAGCCUGAAAUCUACAAUAUCACAAGUAAACCAGGGAGCAACACAAGAGGAGCAACAAGCACACCAUGAGCUAAAGACGCCAGAGAACGAGAGCAAAAAUAUGGUUUUGAGAUCCAGGAAGCCCUCCCAGGAAAAACUGUCAAAAGAAAAAGAAAAAAUAAUGGGUGAAGAUAUUCUCACAGAGACAGUCACAGAAUUUAAAGCCAGCGAUGUUUCUCUUAAAGAAGAAGAGCUCAUAACUGUGGAGCAAAUGCUCUCCCCCAUUCAGACUGCAGUCACAGAUAAUGAAGUUACAGGAGACCCACCCACACCACACAUGCCACCUGAGCAAUCUGAGGAAAAGAUCCCCCUUCCACUAAAACGGAAACCUACUUCAGAACUUUCUACACCAUUAAAAAGAAAGAGGGGUCCAAAACCCAAACCAAAAACGUUACCACCUCAGCCCGCCCAGCUGGAACAGGCCGUCCCAACACCUAAAGAGAAGGUCACACGCGGCCCACGAAGAAAGCGAGGGCCGCCUAAGAAAGAACCUGUGGUCACUCCCAUAACCAAAGACAUUCUGGCCAACACCAGUGGACCUGACAUCACUAGUGACCUGCCCGUGGUGCCUCCUCAGUGCCCCACUAAAACAAAAGUUCUCCCACCACGCAAAGGCAGAGGACAGAAAUAUGAGGCCAUGGUGCAGAAGAUUACAUCUCCUAGCUCAAAGAAACACCUCCCAAUUCCCCAGCUAGACAGCAGUCUGACUGAUGACAUGACAACCAAGGCUUUGCCUGAGCGUAUCUUAAAGGAAGGUGAGACGUCUAUUGUGACGAACAGCACUGAGGUGAUAGAGUCUCAACAAGAUGGAGAGAAGCAACUUGAGGUGGGAGAGAGGAAAGUGGAGGUGACACAAGACAGAGAAAAGCAAGACAUGAGUCCAGAGGCACCAACACUAGAGGGGGUGAGACAAGGGCUGGAAGAAGAGGUUGUAAAUAAAAAUGAAGCAACACAGGAAGAUAUUAAACCAGGGACAGAGCAGGGUGUUCUAGCUGAUAAUGUCUGGAGUUCAGAGGCCGCAGUAGAAGGCAGCGCUCCAGGUGAGUGGAUACCAGAGGCCUCAGAGGGUGUAUCUACAGCUGCCGCCAAGUCUGUGAGGACUAAAAGGAAGCGAUGGGCCAUGGUGGAGAGUACAGAUGCCUCAGUGGUAGCAUUGGAAGCAGGGAGUCUAAUAGUUACAACACCAAGACUAGCAAAGCAAAGGGCCAUCAAAAACAACCAUGAGAUGCACCUGAAACAAAGGAGGAAGAAAAGAAAAGGCCAGUCCUCUUCAGAGGAAACAGAUUUAGUUGAGGAGGCUAACACUGAAACAGACGAGCAACAGGAGAGUGUGGAGGACAAGGUGAACCCCACAGAGCCCACAGUACCUCUGCCAAUCAGCACAGAUGACAUCAUAGAAACUCCCCAGGUUACCAGUACAGACCUCAUCCAUAAACCUCGAAGAGGCAGAAAACCAUCAGCAAGCCCAGCUAAAAGGAAAAGAAGCAAAGCCUCAACAGAGCCGAUUCCUGGCAAGCCAAUUAAGAUCCACAAAAAGCCCGGGCCAAAACCCGGGAUGAAAGAUGCCAUCGAGGUAAUUGAGGCAGUAGUGAGGGCAGCCGGAUGUGAACAGGAGGAAAAAGAGGAGAAAGAAAGACAUGAAAGGGAAAGAAGGGAAAAAGGAAACACAGAAAACGAGGAGAUGUGUGUUAUCGGUCCUGUAGUGACAGUAUCAGAAAAACGGACUGAGACCAUUUCUGUGAAGAGGAUCAGGCGUAGAUGGGUCCAUCAAAGGUCUAAACUGUCUUUCUAUCCUUAUGUACGGAUUAACAACUCAAGAGACUUUUCUUCCUGGUGUGCCAUAGUCAACAAGGCAGAGGAUGCGGUCGUAUUUCAGAGACGCAGAAAAAAGGGCAUCCUCAGAAUGAGGAAUCCUUUCACCGUUGCAAAGGUAGUGCCACACACUGCUGCCAUGCUGCAGGGACCCACAAUAAAUAAAGAUCUUGUUGGGAGGUGUCUGACAUGUUGCCUGUGUGGGAAACCGGCAAACUACAAAGACUUAGGUGAUUUAUGUGGACCUUACUACACGGAGGACGGGGUUCCACGGAAAAUCUUGACGAUUACACACACAGAAGCCUUCAGGGAAGAGUUGGACAAGACCAACGACGACAACAGCGGCAGCAGCGAAGAACCGGGCAACUCCUCAAAGAGUGAUACUGAGGGCACCCCAGAAACGGAAGGAAAUACAGAAGCAACCGCUCAAGAGGGAAGUGUUAGCAGUAGCAGCAGCAGGCACCACUGGCGUUUCCGACGGGCAGAAAGAAUGGAAAGACCGGGUCGGGAAGGUGGCCUACGAAGGUUAACUCUCCGAGAGAGGUUCAAGAGGAUGAAGCAGCUACAGGCCGUCAACACAGGAGCCCCCACGGGCCAAGUGGGCAAUGAAAGCUUGUUCCAAAGGCUACAAAUGGAGGCAGAGGCUAAGGAGCACUGGGCCCAUGAAAACUGUGCCAUCUGGACCAAGGGGAUAAUUAUGGUAGCUGGAAGGCUAUACGGACUGAAGGAGGCAGCCAACACCUCAGCCCAAACGAGCUGCUACAAGUGCCAGAUUGUGGGGGCGUCCCUCAGCUGCUGUUGGAGAGGCUGCUCUCAUAAAUACCACUAUGUCUGCGCCAAAGAGAUAGGCUGCACAUUCCACGAGGAUGACUUCUCCAUCAAAUGUCCUAAACACGAGGACCUGUAAGAUAUUCCUGUGUAUCACUUUCAUCGCCAACACCAUCACCUCUCCGCCAGACAACACCGAUCCAGCGAGGCAAAAUCCACUCCCUAUUCCUAAAGACACGGUGACGACUGAUGACGAACAGGCACGCCAGCCAGCGCGGCUGGGGGAGGGUUAAAAGGCAGCGCUGAAGUGGAGCUAGGAGCAAUACAAACAGUGGAAAAACAGCUCUGCAGAGAACAGCUGCUCCUUGAAGCCGCCCUAGAAAUGUGCUUUCUCAACUGAGCCCCUGACUGCAAGGCAGAAGGCAGUGACACUGUUUAACAGGAGGGUAGGCUGCGCUUUAGAGACUGUGCGCCUAAGGCCAGUGCACAUGGGGACCCGUUUGAAAUGCAGAGCGAAGAACGCAUGUGUGUGUUCUGCCUUCGGAUGGGUUGCUAUCAUAUUCAGACACUCGGCGGACACUGAUUGGACAGGGACAUCCCUCUGGCCACCUUGUCUGUGGGCCAAGAGGUGCAUAUGUGUGUGUGUAUGUGUGUGUGUGUGAGAGUGCGCGCAUGUGUUUGUAUGUGAUAACCAUAGAAUUGUCAUUCUCCAAGCACACCAUCAGUGUGUUUGUGCAUAUGUGUCUGUGGGAGUAUGAAGAAUUGCUUCUCUAACUCAAGAUGUCACGCGUCAAAAAAAAAGAAAAGAAAAGAAAAAAACAGCAGCCAACCCCUGGAUGUAUCUCAAUGUGCGUGUUUGUGUUUAAAACAAGAGACAAAAUGAAACAGGUGAGGAUGAGGAAACCGUACAAGAUGAUGAUGAUGAUGAUGAUGAUGUGCUUCACAGGCUCAAAAUAUUCUGAUACUGAAGAGUUGAGAAAAAAAAUGGACGCAGUAUUUUAAUAUAAGGCUCUUAUCUCCGGAGAUGUAUUUUGAUGUGCAUUAUGGCUAAACAUCAUUGCGUCACCCUUGGUAUAUGUCCAGCUUUGUGCUAUUCAGAAAUUAAAAUAUAUAUAUAUAAAUAUAUGAAAAUGAGAAAAAAAAUAUGAACUCUGUUUAAGAGUUUACUUCAACUGUGCGCACAGUCAGUAUGUACAGCAGACACCACCAUCAUCACUCGACAAGCUGCAGACGAGGGCUCAGAGGACCCACCGGGAGUCAGUCCAUCCACUUCAUAUCUAUGUACAGUUCAAGAAGUAUUACCUGUUAACAACAUUUCGAGAUUAUUUCGCACACCACAGCCGCGAGGAAAGACGUACACACACACCCAUCUGUUUGUGUAUCGAAAAAUGUAGCCUCUUUUCACUCCGCCAUGCUAUAUAACAAUGCCCCGUGCGGGGCGUCAGUUAAAGUACCGGUCGUUUUCAAAAGGAGACAUAUUUAAGUAUUAGGGCAUAAAAGAAAGUGCAAAAAUGCCACACCAAACUUUCUCUUUUAUGAAGCUCAUUAUUUAAUGGUGUAUAUAGGUAUUUGAUGCUGUUUAAAUGUAAAAUGUGAUGUACUAAUAUAAUUGUGUAUAGUAUUUCCUAGAGAUGUUUAUUUUCUAUAAAAUGGAAUAUGUUAUUGCUUAUAAAAUGUUAUUAAAAGAAUCCAUUGAUGAAAAAAAAACAAAACCUUUUUUGGGAAUGUCACUUGUCUUAAGUGGGAGCAUGCCGUUUAUUGAUUUUCAUGUCUAUUUGUUUGGACUUGAUGACACAGCAUCACUCUGUUUGAAAUGUUUUUUGUAACGCCAAUGUUAAAUAUACCAGCACCUUUCAAUGCUGCUAUGACCAA